AUUAGCGCCUCCGCCCCGCCUACUUUAGCAGGCCAUCACAUUCCAUUACCAGCAACCCCUCCCAAAUCCCGGCAGCCCGGCUCCCUCCUCCGGUCCUCCCAAUCUCCAGCCGACCAAAAGCCUCCUCCGCCUCCGCCUCCGCCUCCGCACUUCCGUUCCGAUAUCGAUGGGGCAGCAGGAGGCCCAGACUCACCACCCCGACGAGGCGGCGCUCCCGACAACCACCGCCGCCGCCGCGUCCUCCUCCUCCUCCUCCUCCAGGCUCUUCACGGCGUGGCUGGUGGCGUCGUGGUACGCCUCCAACAUCGGGGUGCUCCUCCUCAACAAGUACCUCCUCUCCGUCUACGGCUUCCGCUUCCCCAUCCUGCUCACCGCCUGCCACAUGACCGCCUGCACGCUCCUCUCCGCGCUCGUCCACCACCACCACCACCACCGCUCCUCCUCCCGCAGCCGCGGCUCCAGGUCCAGGGCGCAGCUCGCGCGCGUCGCCGUCCUCGGCGCCGUCUUCUGCGCCUCCGUCGUCGCGGGGAACGUCUCGCUCCGCCACCUCCCGGUCUCCUUCAACCAGGCCGUCGGCGCCACCACGCCUUUCUUCACCGCGCUCCUCGCCUACGCCGUUGCUGGUCGCCGCGAGGCCUUCGCCACCUACGCCGCGCUCGUCCCCGUCGUCGCCGGCGUCGUCAUCGCCACCGGGGGCGAGCCGAGCUUCCACCUCUUCGGAUUCAUCAUGUGCGUCGCCGCCACGGCCGGGCGCGCGCUCAAGUCCGUGCUGCAGGGGAUCCUGCUGUCGUCCGAGGAGGAGAAGAUGGACUCCAUGGACCUCCUCCGCUACAUGGCGCCGGUGGCCGUCCUGCUGCUGGUGCCGGCGACGCUGGCCAUGGAGCGCGACGCGUUCGGGGUGGUGGCGGACCUCGCCCGGGUGGACCCUAGCUUCCUCUGGAUCCUGCUCUGCAACUCCUGCCUCGCCUACUUCGUCAACCUCACCAACUUCCUCGUCACCAAGCACACCAGCGCGCUCACGCUCCAGGUUCUUGGGAACGCGAAAGGCGCCGUCGCGGUGGUCGUCUCCAUCCUCAUCUUCAGGAACCCCGUGACGGUCGUGGGGAUGCUGGGCUACGGUGUCACGGUCGCCGGCGUCGUCUUGUACGGCGAGGCCAAGAAGAGGAGCAAGUGAAACUUGGUGUGGUGGUGACUCAACAAGCUCCUGUACCUUAACCUGUACAUUGGUAACCGGCGGUGGCCUGAGAGUUUUGUUCCGAUGGAAUGGAACGCCGGCGAUGAUAGACAAGCAAGUAGGUUUGUUCCUUGUUAACCUGCUCCAGUGUCGCAGUCUGAGCUCAAACUGUAGGGAAUUAUAUUAAACUUGCAUACCGUCCUAUAAGAAGCGUAGUUAACUUGGUCAUUGGCACAUGCGGUGAGACGUACUGAUCGAUCCUUUUUUGUAACAGUGUUUGUUUAUGUACAUUACUAUUACUACAACAAAUGUACGACAAAGCGAACUGGAUGUAUGUUCAUAGAGCUUAUUGGCACUAGCCAUAACUAGAGAGGAGGAAUGCAGUUUCUUUGCU